AUGACAAGUGACGCUGGGGAGUAUCUUGCUCAACAGUAUCGCGAUUUUGAACUACCUCCUGGCUAUUCUGAAUCUCCCCAGAGAUGCGAGGCAGCCCUCGCAGAGUUGCUCGCAUCGGCGCCUGGGUGCUCUGGAGAGUCUCGGGUAAGACCCUACAACAAGGAGCUCGUCUCCUGGCCGAAGCACGUGGCCCCCGUCCCGACGGCCGACCUCGUGUCUGAAGCUGAUCGUUCUAUGUUGUUAGGGUGGAGGCAUCAAAUGCUACGUGACCCUGCUGAUGCAGCUGCUCUCAGGAAGGACUCGGGACUGGGGUCGCCCUAUGUGGUCCCACGCCUUCGGUUUCGGCCUCGGGAGUACGCUGAUUUUCUGCUACGCCUGGACCAGGCUGGCAUGCUUGAGUGGGAUGUCGCCGAUCGUCGGGCUACCUUUUUUAUUGGCUUUUUCUUCGUCGAGAAGUCCAACGGCGGCUCCGUGCUGGUGGACGGCGCCGCCGUCCCUCCGCUGCGGAAGGACUCCGACGUCAUCGGCGCAGGUUACGUUGACAACUUUGCCACCGUGUCCCUUGACCCCGAGGUGGCCACUUCGGCCUGCCAGGCCAUGCGCGACGUGCUCGUGUCGAGGGGCCUGCCCGUCGACGAGUUCGCCCCCGCUGCCAAGCGCGUGGUCUUCAUUGGCUUGGACAUCCUCGGCGACGUCGGCGUCGUCCGCUGUAAGAUCGACAGGCUCUGCCGGUUGCGUCAAGCCUUGUUCGGUCUACUGAGACGCGGCUUUGCAUCGCCCUUGGCCUUGUCAGCAGUGGUGGGUCACUGCGCGUGGGGUAUGAUCACCAACAGACCCAUGCUGUCGGUCUUCAACUCAGUCUACCGCUUCAUGGGCCUGGGCUCGCGAGUGGGCGCGCCGCUGUGGCCGUCGGUUAUCGCCGAGCUGCGCGCGGCGGCCGCCCUCCUACCGCUAUGGUGGGCCGACGUCAGAGCACAGUGGUCGGCGACUACCUGCUGCAGCGACGCCCCCCCCUACGGCAUCGGGGUCUGCCGCAAGACCGUCGACCGGGAGGUGGCCGCGGCCGCUGGGCGCUUGUCUGAGAGAUGGCGCUAUCGGUUCUCCGACGCCGUGCACGCCCGUGCCUCCGCGACCCUCUACGCCGACUAUGUGCCCUGUCGGACCAGGUCCCAUCCUGGGCCCGUGCUGAUCGCACGAGGGGCCCUGUCGGUGCUGGAGUCGGCCGCCGCGUCGGACACGACCAUGGCCAACUACUGGGAUGCCGCAAAGAAGUUCGAGGAGUGGUGCCGCUCGACGCCCCAGACGUUCGCCGCGACGGAGGAGGUCGGUGUCAUCCUAGCUACCUACUUCGUGAACCGCUUUCUGGACGGCUUCGGCAGUGCCACGGGCCGUGUGCUCAUGCCCGCUCUGAAGCACUACCUACCCGCGAUCCUUGCUGGCAGCGACCCGUGCCCACGGGCGGCUCGCGCCUUGACAGCGGCGAUGGCAUCCGUCGUGGGCGUCCUGAUAGCGUGGAAGCUCUUCGACGCGACUCUGUUCAUCGGGCUGAUGUUCGACGCCUACCUGAGGCCAAGCGAGGCCCACCGCCUUACGGUGAGGAGCGUGAUACGACCUCGACCCGUACACGACGAGGGCCCGACCGACGACCUUUGGGCCCUCUCCCCCGACGCGGUGCGGGGCAUGUUCCGUCGAGCAGCAGCCGCCCUCGGUCUGGAGAUCGAGUUCAUUCUCUACUCGCUUCGUCAUGGGGGUGCGUCCGACGACCUGCUGUCGCUCAGGCGCACGACGAACGAGGUCAAGGACGGCGGCCACUGGAUGACGGGCCAGAUCCCUCUCUGCUUCGUGAAGCGGGCCCGCAUGCAGCAGCGGAUCGUCAACCUAGGCCAGACCGUCGUCAAGUUCAACGAGCAGGUGGACUGGCAGAAGAACGACCUCAUCCUCCUGACCGCGGCCUCGAGCGUCUUCCCACGGCAGGUGCCGCUGGCAGUGACGCCGACGCCGCCUGCGGCGGGGGUGUCGAGCGCGGCGGCGCCGCUCGCGUGCGGCGGGUUGGCCCAGCGCGUGACGGUGUCCCCGCCGCCCGCCCCGAGCUGGCCGCACGCCGCCGGCCCCUCUGCGGCACACGGCGCUCUCGGCGGCGCCCCGCGCGGCUCCUGCGCCGCGCCUGGCUCGCCUUGCGGAGCGCUCGGCGCUGUACCGUCGCCCCCUGGAGCCAGGCAGCUGCCAGCGACGGCGCACCCGAGGCACGCCGGGGCGCCCCGCCAGUCCUCGCCAGCUUCGCCCGUCGGCGCCCGGCCCGCGCUCGAGCCUGCCAUGUUCGCCGCAGGCCUCCAGAGUGUCGCGGCGGAGUGCCGCCAGCGGGACAUCCUGGCGUGGCACGGCGCGGUGGAUGAGGCCUCCUCGCACGUGGCCGCCGCCGUGGUCGCGCAGUGCCGGCGGGCGGCGGACCUGGGCUCCUUCGGGUACAACGUGGCCAUCGCGGAGCUGAUGCGCGGGCACCCUUUGCUUGACCGGUUCAUGGGGCAGGCGCUCGACUCCGCCGACGACCCGGUGCUCCGAGGCUGCGCCUUCAGCAUGCGGCCCGAGAUGCUGCAGGCACCGAACCACGUGCAGUUCGGCUUGAGCAUCCUUUGCGGCGCAGUGGCGCCUGGCGUGGUCGCCUCGCUGGGCGCGGAGGGCCUCGAGGUGGACACAGUCCACGGGCGGAGCCGGUGCAACUUCGGGGCGCCACCACUGCUCCGGAUCAGGUGGCGCAGCGGGGCGGACCCCGAGGAGGCGGCGGGCGCCGCCGCGCCCGAGACCGCCCGGCGCGGGGCCCUCGCCGCUGUGCUGCGCCGCCAGGCCGCGGCUGCUCGGCGGCGGUGCGCGGCGGCCUGGGAGGCCGCCCUGGGCGAGGCCGUGGGCGACGUCGUGCGGGUCGUGAAGGCCUUGUGCGAGCAGGUGGCAGGGCGCGGCGGCUUCGAGUGCGAGGUCGACGUGUCCCCAGCAGUGCUGGAGCACAGCCUGUGCCGCAAGUUUGACGGCCACACUGUCCACAGCGUCGCGGACGACGACGUCGUCCUGGGGUACCUCUUCAGCUUGUUGCCUGAGGCCGCUGGGGCCCACUCCCAUGCGCAGCUGCAUCCUGGCCUGCUGCUGGACCCAGUGAGCGAGCGCGCCCGCGUGGCGCUGGCCAGAGAUGGCAUCUCGGCCGAAGUCUUCAAUCGCUCGUGCCUGCACCUGUCGUGGCCCCCUCCAGGCGGCGCCUCUCCGAUGGCCGUGGCCUCCGCAGAGGUGUGGCCCGCGCCGCCACCCGCUUCGCCGCAUGCGUCGCCCGCCUUCGGCGCUGAGCCCACGGACCCCGCCCCGUUCGACUCCACGCAGGCGUGGCCCGCGGCCGCUGGGCCCGCGGCGGCGGCGCCGCCGCCGCAGGACGAGCCGGCCGCCCCGGAGGCCGAGUCGACGCCCCCGCCCUCUGGGCGCGCGGGCGCUCCCGCGGAGGCCCUGUCGCCUGCCCCGCCGCGCAUGCCGCCCAGACCCCGCCGGGCCCACCGCCCGCCCCUGCCAGGCCGCACUCCUGCAGAACGCGCGGGGGCCGCGGCCACGGAGCCACCCGCAGGCGCCGCCGCACAGGGCCCAGCUGCCGCGGGGAGCGUCCCCGCGGCCGCUCCCCAGCUGCCGCCGCCACGCGUCCAGCCAGACUGGCCGCUGGAGGCCGAGCUGUCGCCUGUCGCCGAGGCGGCCGAGCUGCCGAGCUGGCUGCUGCUCUCCCCCUCGCCGCUGGCGCUGCCGCCGCCGCCGCCACCUCCGCCGGCGCGGCAGGCGGAUUUGUCGCCAGCGCGGGCGUCUGCGCGGACGCCUGCGCCGGCGUGGUCGGCGGUCCUGCCGCAUUUGCCACCUCCACCAGCGGGCUCGUCGCCGAUGGCGCCGCGCCCGUCGCUUGCGGGCCCGCCGCCGUCGCCCUCGGACCCGUCGCCGCGGGCAGCGCUGUGGGAGCCGCCAGGGCUGGCGCCGGUGGCCGCGCAGGGAGUUGCAGCCAUCGCUGCGGCUGGGGCCGCUGGGCUGCGCGGCGGGGCGGUGGUGCACGCACCCGACGCCGUGUACGCACCCGACGCCGCUGCGCACGUCUGGAUGCCGGCACUUCGGCUGGACACCGGGCAUGCCAGGGAGCUGCCAGGUGCAGCGCACGCGGCGUGGCACGCGGAGGCCGCCUUGCCGCCCAGCGAUCACGCCAGCGGGGGCGGCGGCCACCCUGCGCGCGCGGAGGCCGUCGGCGGUGCGCAGGCGGCGGUGGCGCUGGGGCUGGGCGCAGCGGCGGGUGCUACCGAGGUGCCUGCGGCACCGCUGUGCCCCGGAGGUGCUGCCAGCGCAGGGCGCAGGGCGCCCGGGAAUGUCAUCAUGCAGUGCGGCAUCUGCCACGACGAUGGCCCCAUGGAAUCGCUGGCCAGCUGCGGCCACCUCGUCUGCUCCGACUGCCUCGAGCGCGCGCUGGGGCCGCAGCGGAAGUGCCCCUUCUGCCGCUGUCAGGUGUCCGGCUCGCAGCCGCUGUUCGCGCCCUGA